AUGUGCAUGGCCGCCACGCUGGCCAGCCUUGCGCUGCUCCCGCGGUCCACUCGCGUGCCGAGCGGGCCUCGGGCGGCAAGUGCCGGCGCUUCUCUGGCUGCGCCAGCCAUUGCCGUCGAGGCCGUGAGCGAGAGCAGCGUGGAGGAGGCCGCCGUUUUCUUUGUGGAGGCCUUCUGGGUCAGCACCAACGGCGGCGCCUGCUCGGGCGGCGCACUGCGACUGAGCCGGAAAGAGCGCCGCCUACUCGAGGCGCAGAUGGCCGACGAUUUCCGGACGAGGUAUGGCUGCAGUUGGCGGGUGGGCUCGCAGCUACGGCAGGGCGAGGGCCUCCUCCCUUCGCGCCUACUCCUCGCCCGCGGCGACGCCGGCGAGGUCAUCGGCUGCGUCGGCAUCGAGGCGGCGCUGCUGGACCCGAUUGCGCGCCGCGUCCUCCCCGCCCGCAGCGCCGAGGCGCGGCUUCAGACAGAGCUCGCCGCGCUGACGCUGCACCCGAGCGAGCAGGCGCGCUGGGAGCGGCUGAGCGAGCUCUAUGUGGCGCGGCAGCGCGGCCUCCGGCCGCUCGUCUCGGAGCUGCUGCCGGCGUGCACCGCCGCCGCGCUGUUGACGGAUCUCGCCGUCUCGCCGGCCUGGCGGAGGCGCGGGGUGGCGCGGCAUCUCUGCGGGCACGGCGAGCGGCUCUGCUCCGACUGGGGGCUGCCUGGGCUGGCGCUCAAGGUUGAGGAGGCGAACGGGGCCGCCCGGCGGCUCUACGGAGGCCUGGGCUACGAGGAGGUGUUUCGCCGCGACGACGAGAUGGCGACCCGCGUGGCGCGGCUUCCGGCGGCGACGCGCGCCGACACCGCGAGGACGCUCCUCCGGAACGUGCCAUCGUCGGUGCUGACGCUGGCCAAGAGGGCAGAAGAAAGAAAGAACGUGCGGGAAUAG